CAUCGGCAGCAGCAGGAGGAAGAAGAGGAGGAGGAGGAGGAUAGUUUCCUGAGGACAGCAUGGACCCUGACUGCAGACUGAACGGAGGAGAGGGGAUCCUUCUGAACAAACCCGGAGAUAUCGAGGCUGGGACUUCCUGCUCAGGUAAACGCCAGCGCCCCAUGAACAUCAACCACUACGCCACGAAGAAGAGCGCGGCCCAGAGCAUGCUGGACGUGGCCCUGCUGAUGGCCAACUCGUCCCAGCUGAAGACGGUCCUCUACGUGGGGCCCCACUACCGCUUCUACAUCCCCCUCAUCGUCCUGCUGUCGCUCUCCAUCACGCUGCAGGUCAUCGUGGGGCUGCUGCUCGUCUUCAUCGUGAAGUACGAUCUGAACGACGUGAGGAAACACGCAAAGCUGAACCGCAUGAACAACGUGGCCACGGUCUUCGUCUUCUUCACCGUCCUCAUCAACAUCUUCAUCACGGCGCUGGGCUUCGAGGGAUAUUCUGCCAGGUCUUUAGGAACACCUGAGAUGUCGAUUCAGGAGCCUCAAAUUCUCCCAGUUCCACCUCUUGACCUGAACAUGACGGGACCACUGUAGACCAGAAUGAGUCCUGGUCCCCCUUUGUCUUCAGAGACUUCAUCAGAGACUUCUUCAGAACCUCUAGGUUCCUGACUGGGUUAGUGGACCACGGACGGCCUUCCUAAAACCACUACCCCUCACUCACUGGGGUGUUUGGAGUGAACUCUGGUGGACCCUGGUGGAGGGUUUCACAGCAGACUUAGAGAUGAUCCACCACAGAGACAGGUAUUCUAUAAAACCAGGAUCUUCUGCCUGACAGACUUGAUAAAAUCACUCCACAACAUGAGGACAACUCUUCUUCUUUUUGUACGUAGCAUUGUUUUAUCUGAUAUUGUGUAUUUUUUGUGAGCCCUUGUAAA